GAAAGCCCGUGCGCAGCAACGAAGACCCAGUGCAGCCAAAAAUAAAUUAAAAAAAAAAAAAAAAGAGUCUGAGAUUCCACAGAAAGAGUUGAUUGAUGUCGACCGCCAAUAGAGUCUCGGCGUAUGGAGGAGACAUGGGAGCAGGAUUGGGAAGGCGCCUGGAAGGUGGGAUAGGCUAGCGGAGUCGGCAACUCUAGGUACCAGACCUGACUCUGCUAUCUAUCAGCCUGAGUCUCAACUUCUGAAUGGAACUUACAGGAUCUUUGUGGAAAUCAAUCUCAUAAACGAGUGCUUAUAAACCACCAGCUCGGUUCUAGACAAAUGCCAAAUAAGUCUUUGCUGUGGUUAUUAUAUGACCUCAGGAGAGAAAAGACCCCUGGUUGUGUGGAGUGGGGUAUAGCCAAGAUGACCCUGUGGGACACAGGGCAGAGGUCCAGUGUCUCCAAAGACCAUUCCUCCUCUGCUGCCUGCUGCUGAUAAACCUCUUAUCUGGCCCAGGCAGGGGAGCCCAGGGCCAGGAUAGGAGGAGAGGGAAGGGCUGUCUAUCAGCCUGGGCCAUAUCUUAGAGAAGGGGAGGGGCUGUCUGCUUGGCUCUUCCCACAACACACUCCUUGGGGAUCCCCAAGCACUCGCUCUCAUCUUGGAAAGAAAAGACUGAGAUCCUAAAAGUGAGGGCAGAGGAGGAGAGCAGGAGUGAUCCCUGAUGUUGCUGCAGGAAACAGGAAAAAUGAAAAACACUGGAUGAUGUGACUUUUGUCCUGGCCAGUGAUACAGUUUUGAGGAGUAAGAAGUAGGGGAAAGUGAAGGCAUCUUGUCUGAAAAGAAGAUAAAAACCUACUGUGCUCCCAAAGGAACUGCCUACAGCCAUAGCGGACUGCUGGGACCAUUUGGGCUUUCGGGACCUUGGACCAGGCCCUGGCCCAGUAGGAUGCCCCCGUGUCCUCCCCAGCAGAGCAGGAACAGGGUGACACAGUUGCCCACUCUGGAGCUGGGUGAGAUGGAAUUGACUUGGCAAGAGAUCAUGUCCAUCACUGAGCUGCAGGGCCUAAACGCUCCAAGUGAGCCAUCCUUCGAGCCGCCAGCCCCAUACCCUGGGCCCCCGCCGCCUCCAAGUUACUGCCCCUGUUCAAUCCACCCGGAGGCUGGCUUUCCCCUUUCUUCACCACCUUAUGAGCUCCCAGCACCCACAUCUCAUGUCCCAGACCCCCCAUACGCCUAUGGCAACAUGACCGUACCAGCCUCCAAGCCGCUGACCCUCUCGGGCCUGCUCAGUGAGCCCCUCCCAGACCCCUUGGCCCUCCUGGACAUUGGGCUGUCAGCGGGGCCAUCCAAGCCCCAGGAAGACCCAGAAUCCGACUCAGGAUUAUCCCUCAACUACAGUGACGCUGAAUCUCUUGAGCUGGAGGGGACGGAGGCUGGUCGGCGUCGCAGCGAGUACGUAGAGAUGUACCCAGUGGAGUACCCCUACUCACUAAUGCCCAACUCCUUGGCCCACCCCAACUAUGCCUUGCCACCUGCCGAGACCCCCUUAGCCUUAGAGCCCUCCUCGGGCCCCGUGCGGGCCAAGCCCACUGCACGGGGGGAGGCGGGGAGUCGGGAUGAGCGUCGAGCCCUGGCCAUGAAGAUCCCCUUCCCUACGGACAAGAUCGUCAACUUGCCAGUAGAUGACUUCAACGAGCUGUUGGCACGGUACCCGCUGACGGAGAGCCAGCUGGCACUAGUCCGGGACAUCCGAAGGCGGGGCAAGAACAAGGUGGCCGCCCAGAACUGUCGCAAAAGAAAGCUGGAGACCAUCGUGCAGCUGGAGCGGGAACUGGAGCGGCUGGGCAGUGAGCGGGAGCGCCUCCUCCGGGCCCGAGGCGAGGCCGACCGGACCCUGGAGGUCAUGCGCCAACAGCUGACGGAGCUGUAUCGUGACAUUUUCCAGCACCUGCGGGAUGAGGCAGGCAACAGCUACUCCCCUGAAGAGUAUGCAUUGCACCAGGCUGCUGAUGGCGCCAUCUUCCUGGUGCCCCGGGGGACCAAGAUGGAGGCCACAGACUGAGCUGGCCGGAGGGUUGGGGCUGGUGAUGGAGGUUUCUCUUCAUUCUCUUCUGAUAAAGGUGCUCCCCAACCGUGAGGCCCAGAAGGAGCUGAGUUCUGUAGACCAGGAGGGACCACAGUGGGAAACCUGGCAUUUGGAAGGUCCAAGGUGUGUUCAGUGAGGCUUGCCCGGAAGCGAGGACGUGAGGGGAGGGCUGGAAUCUCUCUUCCGUGAUUCCGUUUCCCAGGUCUCCAAUCUCUUGUCUGAGCUUUGGUAUAUAAAGCACUCUACAGAAACAG